CGUAAGCUCCCAGCUCAGUCCUGCUUGGAUUCCCCGGACAUGGUGUGAGAUCGGAGAGCGAGCCCAGGACGGGGAGAGGGGCGAUCCAUGGUUUGCAAGGCUGCCUAGAGAGAAAGUGCCGCUCUCAGCCUGGGAGAAGGUGUAGCAGAACUUUUGGGAAGGGACUUGGCUGUUUUCCACCCAGUGUAAAAAGUUUAUAUGGAUCAAUUCGUUAAUCAGCUGUAUAGUCUGAAGAGCAUCAGUAAAGAUCAGCAUUAAGUCUCCUUUUCCAGUGCUUUAGCAGUGAGUAAAGCAGGAAGAUGAUGAGUGACGCAAGUGACAUGCUGGCUGCAGCUUUGGAACAGAUGGACGGCAUUAUAGCAGGUUCCAAGGCUUUGGAGUAUUCCAAUGGUAUAUUUGAUUGUCAGUCCCCUACCUCCCCGUUCAUGGGGAGCCUGCGAGCACUGCACCUUGUGGAGGAUUUGCGUGGUUUACUAGAGAUGAUGGAAGCAGAUGAAAAAGAAGGACUGCGAUGUCAGGUCCCAGAUUCAACAGCAGAAGCUUUGAUUGAAUGGCUCCAAAGCCAAAUGGGUUUGAUGCAGGAAAUCAGUGAAUUACGGUUAAGAGUGGGAGAGAUGGAUAAUGAAAGACUUCAGUAUGAGAAGAAGCUUAAAUCCACCAAAUCUUUAAUGGCCAAACUUUCUAGCAUGAAAAUCAAAGUGGGUCAGAUGCAGUAUGAAAAGCAGCGGAUGGAGCAAAAAUGGCAGAUAUUAAAGGAUGAACUGGCAUCUUUGAAAGAGAAACUGGAACAGAAGGAAGCAGAGGUCAGAAAGUUACAGGAAAAAUUGGUGUGCAAGAUGAAAGGAGAAGGAGUUGAAAUAACUGACAGAGAUAUAGAGGUACAGAAAAUGAAGAAGGCUGUAGAGUCUCUAAUGGCAGCGAAUGAAGAAAAGGAUCGGAAGAUAGAAGAGCUGCGACAAUCCCUGAAUCGGUAUAAGAAAGUGCAAGACAUGGUAAUAUUGGCUCAGGGGAAAAAAGGCAAAGAAGGUGAAUGUGAAGAGUUUUUAAAUUCAGGCUCUGUUUCAGCGGUUUUAUUGGACAUGCAGAGUUUAACUGAUCAAGAGAAAAGCCCAUCUCCUGUCCCAGUAAUCAGCUCUCCGAGCCAUGAAGAGUUUAACACCACUGUUGAUGAAGAGAAUUCACUACAAAUUCACACCAGCAUCUUGCAAGUUUCAAUCCCCGCUUUUCCACCAGCACCUGAAAGCUCAGAAGCCGCUACAGAAAAAGUAAACGCGCAGCCUAAACCAGAAGUUGCAAGUGAAGUGAGUGAAGGGACAACACCAUGUUCCUCCGUAGAAACGCAGCCAUGUGACAGUCCAUUAAUGUCAGCCCUGCAAAAAUCCAGCAGUCUGGGCAAUUUGAAGAAAGAGGCAUCAGAAGUGGACAAAGAACCUGUACAGAAACCAGCAGAGACUAAAGCUCCCAUGGAAGGUAACAAGUGUGGAACCCUUCCUCCAAAAUCCCCAAGCCAUAGUGGUACCGGAGAUGAGGACAGUUUUGGUACCCGAAAAGCCAGAUCUUCAUUUGGACGAGGCUUUUUCAAGAUAAAAAGUAACAAGAGGACAGCAAGUGCACCUAAUUUGGCUGAAACAGAAAAGGGAUCUGCAGAUCACUUGGACCUAGCUGGUUUGCCCCCUCGACCAAAGGAAACUGAUAGUGGGCAGAUGUCUCCCUCUUCUCCAGACUCCAAGAAGAAAGCCAGAGGAAUCAAGAAACUAUUUGGAAGGCUUAAAAGGAGCCAGUCUACCACAUUUAACCCGGAUGAUAUGUCUGAGGCAGAGUUCAAAAGAGGAGGGACAAGAGCAACUGCAGGACCAAGACUGGGCUGGUCUCGAGAUCUUGGGCAGUCUAACAGUGACCUGGAUAUGCCAUUUGCUAAAUGGACAAAGGAGCAAGUUUGCAACUGGCUCCAGGGCCAGGGUUUAGGUUCGUACAUGAAUCAUGGCAAACACUGGAUACUGUCUGGGCAGACUCUCUUGCAAGCUUCUCAGCAGGAUCUGGAAAAGGAACUUGGAAUAAAGCAUCCACUGCAUCGGAAGAAACUUCAGCUCGCUCUUCAGGCACUGGGGUCAGAAGAAGAAAACAAUCAUGGAAAACUGGAUUACAACUGGGUUACCAGGUGGUUGGAUGAUAUUGGACUUCCCCAGUAUAAGACUCAAUUUGAUGAAGGAAGGGUGGAUGGUCGAAUGCUCCAUUACAUGAGCGUUGAUGAUUUGCUGUCCUUGAAAGUUGUUAGUGUCCUUCACCAUCUUAGCAUUAAAAGAGCCAUCCAGGUCCUGAGAAUAAAUAACUUUGAACCCAACUGUCUGCGUAGGAGGCCGUCUGAUGAGAACAACAUCACCCCAUCAGAGGUUACUCAGUGGACCAAUCACCGUGUAAUGGAGUGGUUACGCUCAGUUGACCUAGCAGAAUAUGCACCUAAUUUGAGAGGGAGUGGUGUACAUGGUGGACUUAUGGUCUUGGAACCUCGUUUUAAUGUGGAAACCAUGGCACAGUUGCUGAACAUCCCACCAAACAAGACACUGCUGAGACGCCAUUUGGCAACCCAUUUCAAUUUACUGGUUGGUCAGGAUGCCCAGCAUCAAAAGCGUGAAGCCAUGGAAUCUCCAGACUAUGUCCUUUUAACUGCUACUGCCAAAGUGAAGCCAAAAAAGCUUGCCUUCAGCAAUUUUGGAAGUCUGAGGAAGAAGAAGCAGGAUGAUGUGGAAGAGUAUGUGUGCCCGAUGGAACUGGGACAGGCAUCUGGAAGUGGGUCUAAGAAAGGAUUUAAGGCUGGCUUGGAUAUCCGAGUGUAUGACGAUGACGAUUUGGAUAGACUGGAGCAGAUGGAAGAUUCAGAAGGGACAGUGAGGCAAAUAGGAGCAUUCUCUGAAGGCAUCAACAAUUUGACACACAUGUUGAAAGAAGAUGAAAUGUUUAAAGACUUUGCUACUUGCUCUCCUAGCGCCAGUAUAACAGAUGAAGAUUCAAAUGUGUGACAGUAACUGCCGAAUACCAAUAAAGAAUUCAAUUUCUCAUAUGCUAGGAACAUCAUCGUUAUAUGUGAUGGGCAGCAGAUCAUGUACAUUACAUUGCUCUUGCUUCUGUUUGUUAGAAGUGAUAUUUUGGGGGUGGAUAAGGAGAAAAGGUGCCUAUUCUAAAGUUGCCAUAAAAGAUAAACCAACCAGACACUGGUGAGUGGUAGUAUAAUUGUUUUUACUAUAUUUAAUGUACAAACCUGUGACAUAUAUUCCAAAGUAUUGCAUUUACAAUUUGCUACCAUAAUGCUCUUUAUGUUCAUGUAGUGAAAUGUACUGUUUCAAAAUAAUAUGAAACAUAUAACUUGUAAAUAACCUGCGUUCGCAUUCAGUGUGGCUUUCAGCUGAAAAAAAGAUAUCACUCAUGUCCUAUUUUAAUAGAUUUGUCCAAAGUAAAUACCAGUUCUUUCUUUUAGUAUCCAUGGUAAGCCUCCAGGUCCCACUGCCCUACACAAAACUCAAGGUAAUUCUUGACUGUUGCUGUCUUAUUUUUAUACUAUUUUAUAUUAAAAAAAAAUUAUAUGAAGUGCAUGUAAAGCAGAAGUUUUAUUUUGUGACAUAAAGUGGUGAAAGGUUCAAUUGUUUUUUAAAGGGAUGAUCCCAGUUUGCAAACCAGCUGGUUACUGGAAAAGUCGUACUGACCUUUGAACUGUUUGCUUCCUUUUGUUUUUAAUGUUUGCUAAGUGUUGUCAACAUUUUUAGGUUUGGGAUGAAGCUAUUGCGAAAUGUAGAUCUGUGUGGAUCACAUUUCUGAAUCUGUAAUAUCUGAAAUUUCUCUUCUUUUCUUUUUUCCUCCAGCAGCAGCUAUUAACAUUAAAAUAAGGUUUUAAUGGUUUUAAAAAUAUUCUGGAAAAUUCACAGCUUGAAAUUGAGGAAUGCUCAGUGUGGAGAAGGAUAUUCCAAAAGGAUGGCUUGUAUAGUUGCAAAAGUUAUAUAGAGAAACAUAUAGGAAAUGUAUAAUUUCUCGGCAUUAAACCUACGGUAGGGUUUUGCCUCAAGAAUAAGUCCAAUACCAAAACACACAUUGCCUCUGUAAAGCACAGCUCCUUUCUGCUUUGAAAUAAUCAGGUUUCUAAAAUUCUAACUAGCCACUGAAAAUCUUUUGUUAGACGUUCUAUAGAACAUGAUAGUUCUUACCAAAAAAUGCUAGCUCUUUGUCUGUUAAAAUGAUGAUUCUUAAGGUAUUGAAUGUUGCAUGUAUUGUAGCACAAUGGCAUGAUGCUUCAUUAUUUGUGAAGAAAAUCUACAGUUAGAUUAAGUACCUUACCAUGUUGUGUGCUUUAACAGACGGGUUUCAUCAUGCUUUUCAUCAUAGUUCUUGUUACAAGCAUUGGGAAGGACGCUGUUCUAGACAAGUUGCUUAUUACAGUCUAAACAGUGUUAGGUUUAUGGCAAUUUCAGUGCAUCUGAUGUAUUAUUACAGAAGUUGAGAAGGCAACAGAGAUUUUAUCAAGUUUUUUAACAUGGGCUUCUACAAGUUGCUGGGAGGGAUUUAAGACUUUUUCUGAUGUUUAGCAGUAUAACCGUAUAUGCUGUUACCAAUCUGUUUUUUUAAAGGAUGGGCAGCCUCAAUUUAUAUUUAUUUAUAACUACAAUAAAUUCAAUAGAACCAGUUACAUUAUGCAUUACAUUGAACUCUGCCAUUCAUUCCUUACUAGCUAGAGCCAGGCAAAUAAUUCAUAAUGAAUUAUUUAUUCAUUAUUCAAAAUUAUUGAAGGAAUAAUUUCUGCAAAUAAUUCUUGGUCAAUACCAAGGGUUCUCAAACUGGGGGUCAUGAGCUGAUUACCUGGGGGGGUCACGAGCCGUCAGUCUCCACCCCAAACCCUGCUUUGCGUCCAGCAUUUACAAUGGUGUUAAAUAUAAAUGUUUUUUAAUAUAUAAGGGGGGGUCACACUCAGAGGCUUGCUAUGUGAAAGAGGUCCCCAGUAAAAGCAGUUUGAGAGCCACUGGUCUAUGGCUUGUUCAUCAGCAAUUUCUUGUGGUGAUUUGAUAUCUGAGCUGUUUUGAUUGGACAGGUGGGUCACGUGGUAAGCGUCUGUUCCCUGACUGGCUAAGUGUAACACUAGGAAUAAGGUCUCCAGUGUGAAUACUUGUGAAUUUGAAGUUUGCUUUCUGUGAAUAUUCUGCAGCAUAAUUACUAUUUGUUUUGAAGUAGUGCCCAACCAGGGAUCCAGGUCCUCUUGUGCUAGGCACCGCACAAACACAAGAAGACAUGGGCCCCUGCCCUUAGGAACCAAUAGUUGCUUAAAAUUCACUCGUUUGCAAACUCUCUUGGAAGUGAACACAAUAGUUAAAACAGUCACAGAAAGAGAUCCCAAGGGGAUUAUAAACAUAAAUAUUGAAACAAAUAUUCACAGAAAGCUGUUUUGUUUCCCCCAUCCAGCCCUAUCAAUAAGCCUAUUGAGAGUUUUAGAUGUUCACUUGUUUUUAAUGUAAUGUAAAUAGAAGUCUAUUCAAAAUCAUUCUUUUCAGUGGUUUACUGGUUGGAAAAAGCCCAUCCUAUGCAAGCUAUCUAUCAUCUGAACGUUGAUUAUUUUGUGGAGAGAGUAAUAUAAAUGCUAAAAUAAAGUCAGGAAGUUAAAAAGAAACAUACACUUCUGAUGAUACUUUACAUUUUGUGUGUAAAGAGGGCAACAUAAACUAAUAUGUAUUGCUGUGUAAAAGCAAAUAAAGUCUGUUGGAAAAUACCAAAUACUUCUGGGCUUCUGCAUUUUUUUAAAUAA